GGUGGUUGGGGCUCCCUCAGUCUCCAGCCCGCCGCAGCCGCAGCAGCAACACGAUGACAAGAGUAUUAGCAGUCCUCGCCCUCGCCCUGCUCGCCGGCCUGGCCAACGGCCAGGGCUGCCCCGAGCACGGCGUCGUGGCCUACCCCCACCCCGAGCUGUGCGACCACUUCUACCUGUGCACCAACGGCACGCUGACCGAGGAGGUCUGCGAAAACGGCCUGCUCUUCGACGGCAAGGGCGCCGUGCACAACCACUGCAACUACCACUGGGCCGUGGACUGCGGCGUGCGCAAGUACCAGCUGGUGCCGCUGUCCACCCCCGGCUGCGAGUUCCAGUUCGGCAUCUACGCCGAGGCGCCCUGCUCCCCACAGUACUACAAGUGCGCCUUCGGCGUGGUGCACCCCGAGCCGUGCGAGGCCGGCCUGGCCUACGACGAGCGCACCCACUCCUGCAACUGGCCCGACCUCAUGCUGGAGCAGGGCUGCAACCCCGAGCAGAUCGUCGGCUUCAAGUGCCCCGAGAAGGUGACCGGCAAGGCCGCCAAGUUCUACCCCUUCCCGCGCUACGCCAUCCCCGGCGACUGCUCCCGCUCCAUCACCUGCGUCAACGGCUUCCCCCGGAUCACGGCGUGCGGCGAGGACAAGGUGUUCGACGCGGAGAGCCUCACCUGCGACGAGCCCGAGCUGGUGCCCGGCUGCGCCCACCUCAAGAGGAAGUGAUUCGAGCCGACGCGACCACCAACGCGAAUACCAGUGACUGCAUUGACGAAAUUGUGACGCCUCGCCUUCCACGACCUCCAAAUACCUCACUUUGUUCCCCCCAAGUUACCAGGCAGCAGAACCACGCUCUCAUGUACCUGUUGUGAUUGUGAUUCGCGGUAUAUAUUUUUUGUUUAGGCUUCGAUUUUGUACAAAUGACCUUUUAUGUGAUAUAAACUUAAUAAUGAUUUUGAGGCUAAAUAAUAAGACAUCGACGGUUUAAAAACAACA